CGGCGCUGGCCAAUGAGGUGGCGGUGGGCGGGGCUUCUCGCUCCCCACCCGUGAGAGGCCGAGGUGGUGGUUGUUGGGGUUGGGGUCGUGCGCGUGGCGGUUCAGAAGGUCACUGCCCUUGAGACGCAGCAGCUUGCUGUCCCGCUAAUCUAAAGCAUUUCCAAGACUUCAGUUCAACUCAGAGAUGUCUUCCCCUGAAAUUUCUUCCCUUUCCUGGGGGCAGAUGAAGGUGAAAGGCUGCUCUACAACAUACAAGGACUGCAAAGUGUGGCCGGGAGGAAGUCGGACCUGGGAUUGGAGAGAAACUGGGACUAAUCAUUCUCCAGGAGUGCAGCCAGCUGACCUUGAAGAAGUUGUCCAGAAGGGUGUUAAAACUCUAGUGAUCGGCCGUGGCAUGAGCGAGGCUCUGCAGGUUCCUCUGUCUACUGUGGACUAUCUUAAGAAAAAGGGGAUUGAUGUGUUGGUGCUGCAGACAGAGAAGGCGGUGGAAGAGUACAAUGCCCUGGCUGCUCAGGGGGUCAAAGUGGGGGGAGUCUUCCACUCAACGUGCUGAAGCGCUGCCGCUCUGCGGCCUGCCCUGGCCUCAGCCGAGCGGUGGGCAUGCCUUGGCUGCGUCAAAUUACGCCCUGCACAGUGGGGACUUGCAUGCCAAUGCAUUAAUGUGUGCUGGAAAGCUAAAAUGCAAGGGCAGUGUGAGUUCAGGGUUUAAACGGAGUGCUGUUAAUGAAAUCAUUUAACCACAGAACGAUUUGCAUAUGUUCUUGGGAUUGACCUAAUCUUCCUCUGAAGACUGUCUGCGUUCUGGUUACCUCUUGGCUAAAUUAAUGAAUUCUGGUUAAUUUUUGGCUAAAUUAAGACAUUAAGUUGUGAAUGCUUUGAUUAGGAAAUGGCCCAGAAUUACAUUGUUAGUUAUUGCAGCAUAGCCAGAAAAUAUCUGACGAUGACAGUCAAGUGGUAGGGUAUGAAGUGGUGGUAAAGGACCACUUUAUAAAUGAGUUUAAUAAAGAAACAAAACACUUGGCAGCCCCAGAACAACAGCUCUGCCUCCUGCUGGUGAACUCAUUCAGGGGAUACCUUGACACUACACAGGACACAGAAAAAGCUGUCUGCAGGGAACGAACAAAAUCUGUGCCUUAAAGAUUUUUAUCAUUAACUGAAAUGUGAGUGUUGAGUUGUGGAAUAGGUAUCUAUGUGAAAGUCCCUACCUGCUUAAAACAAUCAGGAAGAUCUGUCACAGAACUGCUUGUAGGAAAUCAGUCUAAAUUGCUGCUAGCAAGCUGGGGAUGGGGGGAGAAUUCGUACCCCUCAGUAGCUGCUGAUUGAAACAUUAUGACAAGUGUGUUGUUACAUGAAAAAAUUAAAAGUUCUUUCAGUUGCUGUUCUC